AUGAACAAAAGGAUCAGAGCACUAAGCCCUUCCCGGGUGACUGGGGAGAAGGUCUGCUCGCUUGUCCCAGGCCUCCGUGGCUGUACACCUUGCGAAGAGAGGAGGAACCAGCUCCUCGGCGGCCCCGCCGUCCACAGCACUCACGUCUUUGCGGAGACGGUGAGAUACUACUGGGGUACGAAGACCUUGGCUGCUUCACUUUUAAGUAACGACUUCGCCGACCCUUUAGGUCAGGGUCACCUGAUCGGGGAGCUCCGUUGCCAGGACUCCUCAGAGCGAAUCCCGCCAGUCAGGUUUCUCCUUUUGAUCCCCUUCCCUGCCGUCCCGCAACUCUCCCCUCAGACCGCGCCGCACGCACCCCACUCCCCACCCCGAAACUACUCUCAACACUUCCUUCCGGGCCCGCGCAGCCCGGAGAGCUCAGUAUCCGGAGCGGCGGCGGCGCUCGCGGGGAUCCAGCGCAGCCACCCUGCCCCUCGGAAAAGAAAGGCGGCGCGCGGACUAGCUCACCACGCCCCGCGCCCCGCCCCGGCCCGGCCCGGCCCGGCCCGGCCCGGAGCUCUCUCUGUUCGGUCACCCGGGCUUCGGCGCCGGCAAGUGCAGGCGGAGAAGGACGCGGGCCGAGUCGCGUGCGCGCAGGGCCUCUCUCGCCGCCGCUUUCUCCACGCUCGGGGCCCACGAGGCCGCGUUUCUGCCCCGAACAAUGGGCUUCGGUGCGCCGGGCGCUCGGGCCGCCCUGCUCCUGGGGGUGCUCCAGGUGCUGGCGCUCGCGAGGGCCGCCCAGCUGCUGGAAUCUCCAAAUACAGAGAUUCCUGUGCCUCUGCACAGCUCCAGUAGUAACCUAUCAGAGACUAUGCCUUCCAGCAAUACAAGCACAUCUAACAGCAGCAGCACCGUGAAACCAUUAACUACAGUUUCCUUGGUCUCAAUCAAUAUGACAGCUGUCACCAUGAAAUCUACUU